UCCCGUAGGAGGGGUCGGAGUUCUAGUCUUGUAGACUGACGAGGCAGUGGGACUCUCGUCCGGGACGUACCCGUAGGCUGGGGCGGCCUCUGCGGCGUUAGCUGCGCGGAGGCAGGAUUUUCCGGGAGAGAAUCUUCAUUCAAAGCUUUGCUGACCACUGAAGAUGGCAAACAAGGGGCCCUCACCUUCUACAUCCCCUGAGAACUCCAGUGCAGGGGGACCCAGUGGGAGCAGCAAUGGUGCUGGUGAGAGUGGAGGGCAGGACAGUACAUUUGAGUGCAACAUAUGCCUGGACACAGCCAAGGAYGCUGUCAUUAGCCUGUGUGGCCAUCUCUUCUGUUGGCCAUGUUUACAUCAGUGGCUGGAGACCAGACCUAAUAGACAGGUGUGUCCAGUUUGCAAAGCUGGUAUCAGCCGAGACAAGGUCAUCCCUCUCUAUGGAAGGGGCAGCACUGGGCAGCAGGAUCCCAGAGAGAAGACUCCUCCUCGUCCUCAAGGCCAGAGGCCAGAGCCGGAGAAUAGAGGGGGAUUUCAAGGAUUUGGAUUUGGAGAUGGUGGCUUCCAGAUGUCUUUUGGAAUUGGAGCAUUUCCUUUUGGGAUAUUUGCCACAGCAUUUAACAUAAAUGAUGGGCGGCCUCCUCCAGCUGUCCCUGGGACACCUCAGUAUGUGGAUGAGCAGUUCCUGUCACGCCUUUUCCUGUUUGUGGCCCUGGUGAUCAUGUUCUGGCUCCUGAUUGCCUAAUGCCAGGCUCCUGUCUAUAUCCACAGCAGGUCCUCUGGAUUGGUGAUGUGCCACCCCUACUCCUGGUGUUUGGCUUCCUGGCUAACCCUGACCUCUGGAAACAGUGGGGUCAGUAACACUUCAAGGAGUCUUGCUCUUUCAUCAGAGCUGUGGAACUCAAGACCAGUUGGCGAAUACUCCCAAGUAUCAGCACUGCUGUAAACACCUUUCUCUAAUCUCAGGCCUUGGUGUUGAGUCCCCACUCAUGGGUAGCACCAUGAAAUCCUGUUCCAGACAACUCAGCAGGUCCUGACUCUGCACAGGGAAGAAGUGGGAAGAAAGAAACUAUCAGAGUGCAAUUUCACAUAAGU